CUUCUGCUUUUGGAUUUAAAUAAAAAAUGUCGAUAUGAUUUUUAUUAAUACCUAUAGGUAGUUAUUUAUUAUUUUAUUUUGUAAAUUUAUUAAUAGUGAUGUAUCUUAACAUUGCAGUUUUAUAAAUAAAUAAUGGAGAAAAUUAAAUCUGUUGAGACUGCCACAGUCGAAACAGAUAAAGAGAUUCCCAAUAUGCCGAAAAUAAAACCAAAAACUCGUGGAAGAAAACGUAAAAGGAUAUACAGCCAAAGUAGUUCAGAUAUUGAAGAUGUCCUACCAGAUAAUACACUGGAGGUGGAAAAGAAUGUGCAUGCAUCAGCUAUCAAGAAUAACUUAGAUGAUACCAGUGUUAGAAAGAUUUUAAAACUUGGCCUCAGGACUUGUGAAGAAUCUAAACUGAAAGUGGUGACAAAUGACCAUGUAUUGGCACUUGUGAAGUUACGUGAAGAGGAAGAGGACUCGGGCAAUGAAGAGAGCGGUCAUGCGCCAAAACUGACCAGAUCCAAAGUUAAGGAGCUGAAGAAAGUAUCUCAAAAAUCAACAUGGAAUUUGGAGAACCUAGAGCUCACGCCCAUCAAGCUUAUACCAGUGAAAACCAGGCCUGAAGUGAAGGCACUCAUUGCACAGGAGCUGCCCGAAGAUGAGGAUGAUGAAGAAUAUGAACCAACACAUGAUGACGUACCAAGUGAUGACGAUCAAACAUUGGAGUCUUGUAGUGACCUGGACUCCCAGCCUCGUACGCCAGCUACACCUAAAACACAAGCCACAGCAAGCCCCAAAGUCGUCAAGGAUGGUCCGUUCAAAGUGCCUCAGGCAAAUGUUUCAAUAGCAGCCAAAAGAAAAUUAGAUAUGGAAGAAGAAGCCACCAUAGCGCUUCGGACCCGCUCAAAGCUGAGUCUCUCUGAAACACCAAUAGAGCAUAUAGAGAGUUCGUUUGUGCCGCCCGACGACUUGCCCAUGCCAGCGGUCGACGACCUCUGGAACAAGUUCUUGGAGGAGUGCCUGAACCCCGCGCCCAGUAGCAAACAUGAAGAUGAUGACGAAGCUGAUCCAGAGUAUAAUGUUGCUGCGGACCCUGAUGCACCCGACGAAGAUGAAGAAGCCCUGGAGAGUAUUAUAAAGAUAUCUAAGAAAGAGUUGAGCGAUCUUGUGACAGAGUUGUUCUAUAUCAUGCCAGAGGCGACUACAGAUGAUGAGCUUGCUGUAAACAUGGCCAACGAACUGACCGCAAAUGAUCAGCCAAAGGUACCCACCACUUGGGAAGGCAAACAGGAACCGUUAUCAGAUAACGAUAACGAAUCACAGAAAGUACAGCCAGCAAAGAACGUGUCAGACAGGAUCACAUUCGAAAAAGGGAGUCACACAAAAUUGUCUAUUGGGAAAAUUGAGCCAGAAGAUAAUCCAGAAUAUGAAGAGAGCAACGAAGAGAAUAUAAAUGCUUCUUGUCCAAGUCAAGAGGUGAAUCAGGAUAGCGUGCAACAAUCACAAGUCCAUAAACCGGUGGUGAAGAUAGCAGUGUUGGAGCAAUCGGUGUCGGUGCUGCCCCCACCGACGGUGCCCGACCCGCCGCCGGCCGUGCGAGCCGCCCUCAGUCCGCCGCGCACAGUGCUCGUUAACCAGGCCGAAUGCCGCGUCAUACUGCCCGAACAAAUCUUGAUACUGCAACAGCAACUCCGCAUGCACAUUCAACUGGCCACAUCGAACUUCCUCCAACUUUUCAUACAUCCAGCGCAUUGGACUUUCGGACCCACAUACAAAGAGUUUUUGGAAACCUUAUACUCAAUAGGAGAAUCAAACCCAAAGUCAGUAGUGAACGUGUGCAACUUGAAGCCGGCAGUGGAACUGAUCCGAAUUUGGGAACAAACCGUCUCUAAGGACACGCCCGCAAACGCCGCUAUGGUCAAAUUUAUACAAGAGGAAGGUGAGAGAAGCCGGCGGCGGCUGAUCCAGAACAACAUGUACGUGGGCGACUUCCACCCGACGAUGAAGGAGGUGGUGGCCAACAGUACGGUGUUCGUGUACCCGCACCUGUUGCCGCCCGUGCCCUACCGGCUCGACCUCACCCGGAGAUACAGCUACAUGCAACAUGAAGACGAGCUGAUGGCGCUCACGCUGGACCAGUUUUGGUCAUACGUGGAGGACAAUCCGUUGCUGUUCAAACGGCCAUCGCACUGGCAUGGCCGUUGGGGGCUGUCAGCGGCGGUGGCGCUAAUGUCGCAGCACGUGUUCACCUGGCUGUCGCCGCGCAUCAUACACUCGCACAUAUCGCACUGCCGCCGCGACCGGCUCGGCACCAACCCCAUCUAUAGAUAUUUCAAGACUCGUGAAGUGAAGCCAGUGGAACACAAACUGCUGCCGUUCGAUCCUCAGCGCACGCUGUACGAGCAACCUGAGCAUGAGGUCCCGAGAGUAUGGGUCCGGUACCUCGCCAAGAACAACAGUAGGUUCAGGACACACCUAUACCGGGCGAAAAAGAAACAACUGGUACAACCCGAACCAGAAGGCGUGCCCGUACGUUUUGUGUUUCCUGGAAAACCAGAUACGCAAGAGAACGAGCCGAAACCCGAUCAGAAUCAAAAUCGUCCAACACAAAUCUUCGUGGUUGAACCGGCCAAGAUCAGUCAACCCCAGCCUGUUGUAAGCGUCAACAUGCUCCCCCCAGUGUCCGCAAACAUAUUCACAUUAGUCGAAACAAGCACCGGAGCUAAGCUAAUACCACUGUCCUUAACAACCACUACAGUAAAUUCUACAAUUACACCCAUCACUUCGGUUGUCCAACCGCAAGACUCAAUUACAAAACCUGUUCCUAUUAAAAAGGAUGUAAUACCACUCGAAGAACAUUGUAAAUGUUGUAUAUUAUUAAGAAAAAUCUGUAAACAGAGGCAGACGUUCAUAACGGAUUAUUUUAAAAGUAAUGAAAGAAGAAAAGUGUGUUAUUGUAAAAAUGUGCAGAAGUAUCCGAAAAUAUCAAAUAGACUGAAAUUAUUAAUGUACAGGUACAAAAGUGUAGUGGGUAGAUCUUUCUACAAGCUACAAUUGAAAUUGAAUUCACUGAAGAAGGAGAUAAGAGAGGAAAUCAUUGAGAAGACAACAGAAGAUAAUAAAACGGAGAUUGAAUCUGACAGUUCAAGGUUAGGAUCCAAAUUGAAAUGUAUUUCGAAAAUGGAUGACUUAGCGUUCGUAACAGAGUAUCAAUCAAAACUCACAUUAAGGACAAUGGUUGCCAAAAACAACACAAUAAAAAACAAAGUGUACCGUCUCUUUACCAAAUUCGAUAUACUAGGUGGUGACCCUAUUCGACUAGCCGAUGAGCUGUACAAAGUGCUCGGAAUCGAACUGGUUGAUUUAUACAAAGAGUUUCUAUGCUUCUUGACGCCAGAACAGGCGGACUCGAUUGGAAAAUUCAAGGAUUACUUCGUUCAAACACACUUACCUAAUUUUGUUAAGUUGGUUGAAGAGCACGUAUCGGAUAAGAGGCAGAAGUACAGGAUCCUGUGCGCGGUGCAGAAUGUGUACUCGCAGGCGGGCGCGAACGCAUGCAGCGUUUGCAGCGCUGUGCUAGCUACGCUGGAGUAUUACCCGGCGCUCGCGCAGCACUUCUUCCAGCUGUUUCCGCACCGACAGCGAGCCAGGGAGGAUGAUCAAGAGACUAAAUUAAAAUCGAAUAUGACAACACCAAUGGAGGAGAAAAAGCAAAUGAACGAAGAAAUGGAGAAAGAAGCAGAUGACACCUUAGUAGAAGGAGACGGUACACACACAAUGGAUUAUGAAGCCGACAACUCGUCCAGUGGUGAGGAGGAUGGUCACAGUGACACUACAAUCCUCGAAGGGGCUGAUCCUGCAAUAAAUGAUCAAGACAUCAAAAGUCAAACUCCAGACGUCUCCAUGAUUAAUGGGAGGUGUUUUAAUGACAAAGAUGAAGCCCCUAGUGACACCGAGACUAUAUCUACUCAUCAAAAUGCCAAAAGGCAACUUCCAGAUGUUAUCGUCAAGAUAGAAUCACAAAAUGAAAAUGUCAUAGACACACCAGAAUUGACCAUAUCUAAAACUGAAGUGCAAGAUUACAGUGAAUCAGAUGUGUCUAUGAUGAUAGUAUCAGAAGAUGAAAUAGUCAAAUCCGAAGCACCCGAGUGGAAAAGAGACGAAGAUAAAUUAAUAUUAGAAAUACUUAAAGAGAAUCUUACGCCCGAGGAGCGAAAAGACAAAACUAUAACAGAAAUCGCCGAUGAAAAAUCAGUAUUAGAUACGUUGUCGCAGUGUCUAUCCCACAAAUCCAUUGAUGAUAUUAGAGAACGUGUUAUGUAUUUAUUAAAAUUGCUAAUAAUAAGUGAAAAUUAAAUUAAAUUAAUAUUUUAAACUAGA